AUGGAAAACCACUUUCAAUUUGCUCUUCUGGGAGACGAAUCUAAAUCGGGCAACCCCAUACCAAGGAAGAAGUCAGAGAAGGUAGGUUCAUAUACAAAAGAUCUCCCAGCUGACGUUGAACAAUUGGGUAGAUCAUCAUGGACUCUAUUACACUCAAUCGCGGCUACAUAUCCUGUGAAUCCCUCUUCGAAAGAGCAAAGAGAUAUGCAACUGUUUCUCAAGUUGUUUGGUGGCUUCUAUCCAUGUUGGUAUUGCGGAGAUGAUUUUAAGAAGUAUAUAGCAGAUAAUGAGCCUUCAGUCUCUAGUCAGGAUUCGUUGGGAGAAUGGUUAUGUGGCGCACAUAAUGAAGUGAAUAAAAAGCUUGGAAAGCCUAAAUUUGACUGUAGCUUAUGGAAGCAAAGAUGGAAAGACGGUUGGGACAAUGAUUCGUCAAAAUAA